AUGAGGAUGGGAGGUAUGCUGGAAGACUUAUCUAGCCUGGGAUUUCCAUCCUACUCUGGGAUAUAUGUGGAUGGGCGCACGAAGGACUUGGCCGAGGAUCACGAGCGACUAUUCUUGGACGACUACAGGAGCUACGAUUCAAAGUAUCAGAAUCCGAAGCACUGGUUCUCGAGUAUUCGCGACAUCAACACCUCGUCUCUCAUACCGUGCAAGAGCUGGAAAGGUACCGUACCCCUUGGGCUUGAAACUUUUCUAAGGAACUUCGAUACUCUGGAAGUCGAUCUGGCUCUAGAUUUCACAGGGCAAGAGGUCGUGCCAUACUGCCCCGAUGGUUACUGGUGGCUGUCGAACGCGUGCAGAAACAAUCCGGCGGACUGUAUUCCUUGCGUCACCGGCAGCUCUCUGAACUAUGUGUACGAUGCUGACGAGGUGAUGAUCAAGGCUACUACCUGGAACAUGUCUCUGGCACUGGCCACAGUCGACGGGCACUCUGCAGGGACCGACUUCGAGAAGCUG